AUGGUACUUUCUACCAUGACAAUGGUCACUUGUACCACGACUAUGGUAUUUAUAAAGAUGACUAAUGUUGAUCUUUCACCAACAUCAAGAGAUGAUGACGUUAUUAUUGAUAUAUCUUCAUCAACAACAGAAGAAAUCAAUAGAGAACAAUUAAAAUUAAAGUUUCGAUUAGCACUUAUUGAUGAUGUUGACAAUAAAAAAACAAGUGAAAUAAAAGCCAAAAGUGAUCCCGAUAUACCUUCGUCAAUAUAA